ACAUGGCAUUUGAAAUGUUGUGGUGAUACAAAUGAAGUCAUUCAUCCAGCACAAUCAGAAGCAUGGAGACAUUUUGAUCAAAUGCAUCCUUCUUUUAAAAGAGAACCUCGUAAUGUUCAAUUAGGUCUUGCUACUGAUGGUUUCAACCCAUGGGCUCAUUCUUCAACCUCCUACUCUUGUUGGCUAGUUUUUUUGAUUGUUUAUAAUUUGUCGCCAAAGAUGUGCAUGCAACCAAAGUUUACUUUUCUUACAUUGGUCACUGCAAGUCCAAAAAGCCUAGGAUGUUUGGAAAUCCUUCCGGUUUAGCAAGGAGGAGAUCUUCCUCCUCAGGAUCAGAAGGGCAACAUAAGCUUAAUCAACCACAACUGUUUACUAACAGUGGCGUAGCUCCGGAUAUACAGCAAACAAUCGAUCCAUUAAUGGAUUCUAAUUUUGCACCCGAUCAUGAUAAUGAGGGCCCUUCAUCCUCAAUUGGGAAAAAAGGACGGGGCAUGAAUUUAAAAGGAAUACCCCCUCUAGAGAAUAAAGAGAGCAGGAAAUGGGUUAAACUUACUAGUGAUAAGCUCCAAUUUGCUGAUCCAAAAAUUCCUUGGGUUAUCACUACCUUAUGGACGUCACGUUUCGAUGGCCCGUAUUUCACAUAUGAGUGUCUCCCCCAUAGCAAGGUUACUGAAAUUUACAAUUGUUUCAAGAUGAUCCAUGUACGAGAUGCAUUCCUAAAUUGUAUGAAACAUAGAUGGAGUGGCAAUGUUAGGGAUGAGAAGUUGAAAUGGGAGAAGGACUCAACUUAUGUCCCAUGUUGGAUUCCAGCUCAUAUAUGGUCUCAACUGUUGACAUAUUGGGGCCUUGAUGAAUAUAAGAUACUUAGUGCAAAGGAAGCAAAGAAUAAGAGUUUUGGGGAGAGGCUGACUCACACCACAAGGUCCAUUAGCUUUGGCAUCCAUGAGAUGCAGAUGAUAAUCAAGCUUAAUUAAUAAAAAAUUAUAUAUAUUAAAUUUUAUAUAACAAUAAAUUGUGUCAAUUUAU